UGAACGUGAGAGCGAGAGACGGAGGGAGGAGAAGAGAGACAGCUAGGUCAUUUAUCGGUUUUUCUUGUGUCAACACAACCUUAGCAUAAGUCGUGUGGAGACGAGGGGACGAAUGGAAUGUUAAAUUAUAAUCUUGACUCGGGCUUUAUCUUGUGGAAAUAUAUUUAGACUAAACCAGUGACUAGAAAUUUACCAAGUAUUCUCCCUUACAGUGACGUGUGGAUGUUAAGCAGGUCUAAUGGUGUUCUACGUUGUGUGUCCACGUGACAUAUAAAGUUUACGACUGUAAGCAUUUUACAAGGAUAUCUGUUUCUUGGACAAUGUCGAGUGAUGUCCUUCUACGGGACAAUGACCAGCUGCCCAAUGAAGCAUUAAAACCGUACGUGGCCAGUACAGACACUAUCAAGGAGUUACUUAAAGACCAGUACGGACUAACUUUGACUGACAUACGUCCAUUGAACGGGUACGAUGACCUGAACUUACAUGUCAAGGUCAGUCCUGCUCACUGCAACCCUCACUUGGACCAAGUCUCAGAUAAUGGUUACUUCCUCAAAGUCAUCAAUUUUCGAGAUUCGCAGAGGCCAGACUAUUUAGAUGCCCAGCUACAUGUCAUGGAACAUCUUUUAAAGAAAGGCGUGCACUGUCAGGCCACUAUCAUGGCCAUCAAUGGGGACACAUUUACCAAGCUUACAGUACAAAAUAAAAACGGUGAGGAUGUUAGUCACCUGGUGUCUCUGAGAACUUUUAUAUCUGGCGAGAUAUUACAAAACAUCUCACUGACGCCCAGAUUUCUCUACAGACUUGGCCAAUACGUCGCUGAACUCACUAGUGCCUUAGAGGAUUUCUCACAUUCUUUCUAUGAGACAUUUGACUGUACAUGGAGUCUGAACACAGUGGUAAAACUAACGGAUAUAAUGUAUGUUGUCAAAGACGUCAACUUGAGAAAUGUUUGUGAGGGUGUUGUCCAGGCAUUCAAAGACGAAGUUAUUCCCCAUAGAUCUGGCUUUAGAAAGAGUCAAAUACACGGAGACUUGAAUGAACAAAAUAUUCUUGUGUUACAACCUUUGAACAAAUCUGGAUUAUCUCCACUAGAAGCUGACGACGCUCAAGUGUGCGGUUUACUCGACUUUCAGGACACCGCCUUGAGUUAUCCCCUCUACGACCUGGCCAUAUUGGUCUGCUACAUGCUGAUGACGUUCUCAAAAGUGCCUCUUUUGGACAUUCCAGGCUACAUACUUGCGGGUUACCAGUCCAAGCUAAAGCUCACAGAAAGUGAGAGACUCGCCUUCAGGACCUGCGUGGCCGCCCGCAUGGUGCAGAGCCUUGUGAUGGGCGCCUACACUCAUCACAUGGACCCCAGCAAUCAUUAUGUCCUGACCACUAGUAAACAUGGUUGGCAAGCACUCGAAACCUUCUGGUCAGCCGACAGGAUAGCGUCGGAGACUAGAUGGGAGCAGCUAGUCCAGUCAUUUAAACCUUAAACGUUAAACUAGAGUUGGCAUUAGAGUCAACUGUUACAACUUAUGUUUAUUUGCUAAUGUUUUGAUUGUGAUGUAAUGGUGUGUCAUGAACGAAAUAAUAAUAUUAAAAUUAGAUUCCACUCUAUGUGCUGUUAAUACUGAAUCAAUGUUUAGGCCUAAAUAAAUUAAGUCAAGGUAAA